AUGCUUUCCAAGAGAUUUCUGUCCACCGCCGCUGGUAAGGCUAGAUUCACCCAGCUGACCAAUGGUUUAGUGAUUGCCUCCAAAAAAGUUCCAUCCACAUACACUACCAUUGGUGUUUACACAGGCGCUGGUUCCAGAGCUGAGAACCCAUACAACUCAGGUGUAUCGUCUCUUUUGGUUCAGUCUCUAGCCAAUGCUUCCAAAGAUGCCGCUGCCAAGGAAGGUGUUAUCGUAGAUUCAGAGAACUACAGAGAGGUUUCUUCCAUUUCCACCACCAUUGCCAAGGGUAACGAGGCAGCUGCUUUCAAGACUCUGGAGUCCAUCUUGACCAACUCCCUCAAGUCUCUUGAAGACGCUUCAUUCAUCAGAGAGCAAGCUAACAUUGCCGGUGAAAAGUCUGAUGCCGUCGAGCUUAACCCGGAACAGACCGUCAUUGAGCACUUGUACUCCACCGCUUAUCAAGGAACCUCAUUGGCCUUGCCAGUUUACGGUAAAGGUGAGGUCGUUUCAACUUUGGAGCCUGCUGACUUAAUUUCCUUCUUCAAGAAGAGCUUUGUUGCAUCCAACACUGCUUUGGUGGCCACGGGUGAUGUCGAUCAUGAGAAAUUGGUAGAAUUUGCUUCCAAGUUGAAUAUUACUGAAGGUCUCAAGCCUCACGUUCAACCCGCCCAAUUCUUGGGUUCCGAGGUUAGAUUCAGAGAUGACAACUUGCCAUCAGCUUACGUUGCCAUUGCUGCUGAAGGUGAGUCUCUCUUAUCUAGAGACUACUUUGUUGCUAAGGUUGCUGCCCAGGUGAACGGAAGCUACCUUAACAGUGACCCUACUUCUGCUCUACAAGGUUCCAAAUUAUCCACCAUCGUCAAGGAGAACCACUUGGCAGACUCCUACUACCACUUUUCCACUUCCUUAACCGAUUCCGGUUUGUGGGGUUUCUACACACAAUCUUCCAACAUCAUUAACCUUGACGACUUGAUCCAUUUCACCCUAAAAGACUGGAACAGAUUUUCCACCACCAUUUCCGAAGUUGAGGUUGAGAGAGCCAAGGCUCAACUAAAGGUUUUGUUAUUGAGUAAAGAUGACACCGUUGAAAAGUUGAAUGCUUCUCUGGGUAUCAACGCCAUUGUUUCUGGAUAUGAACAGUCCUCCGAGGAGAUUAUUUCUAGAAUUGACAAGGUUAGCGUUGCUGACGUUACUAGGUGGGCAGGUUCCAAAUUGUGGGAUCAAGACAUUGCCAUCUCUGCCACAGGACAAAUCGAGGCUUUGUUCGAUUACAACAGAUUGAGAAACGACAUGUCCCAAAUGAGAUGGUAA